CAAAUAAAACCCCUCUCCACCUCUCCACAUACUCACCAAACCUCAUCUUCAAAUCUUAAUUCUCCUUCACUAACUUACCAACAUGGCACUCACCACUACAACACCUCUUGCACUCAUUCUUCUCACUCUCAUUCCCUUCUUAACUCCACAAAUCCAAGCCCAAGCCCCAGCACCAGCACCCUCAGGCCCAAUCAACAUCACAACAAUCUUUGAAAAAGCUGGUCAAUACAACUUCCUCAUUCGUCUCCUCAAUGAAACUCAACAACUCACUCAAAUCCAAACCCAACUCAACUCAACUUCAGAAGGUUUCACAAUCUUUGCCCCAACAGACAAUGCCUUCCAAAAUCUUCCAUCAGGAGCAAUCAACGACCUCUCCGACCAACAGAAAGUUCAACUCAUUCUCUACCAUGUUACACCAAAAUACUACUCUCUUUCCGAUUUCUUAACAGUUUCUAACCCAGUUAGAACACAAGCUUCUGGUAAAGAAGGUAACUGGGGUCUUCACUUCACUUCACAAGGUAACCAAGUCAAUGUUUCAACUGGAGUUGUUACUGUACCUAUCAACAAUGCAUUGAGACAACAAUUUCCUUUGGCUGUUUAUCAAUUGGACAAGGUUUUGUUACCUUCUGAACUUUUUGGUGCUAAGUCUCCAUCUUCAUCUCCAGCUCCUAAGUCGUCGAAAACUCCUUCCAAAACUCCGAGCAGCAGCGACGUUGAAGGUGAUGCUCCAUCUCCUGCGUCUAGUAAGAAGGAUGAUAGUGCAGCUGGAAGGAAUGUCGGUUUUGGAUUUGUUGCUGGGCUUGGUUUGAUUUGCAUGGGAGUUCUUCUUUGAUGAGAAACUUUUUUGAGUUUCAUGUAUUUUUUUUUUCAUUUGAUCUUCUUUGUCUUGGGUUUGAUUUGAUAUGAACCUGGCUUAUUCUUUGUAUUUAUUUUAUGUUUUUUUUUUUACAUGUAUGUAAUGCUUGUCUUACAUAUUUUGAAGGAUUUAAAAACAUCUCUUGUGAGUAUAAAUAAGUUUCACAUUGACUUUGAUGAAAAAAUUACUAUGUCGUUACAUCAA